GGUGGACAAUUACAACGCAGCCCACUAUCAGGAACUGACAUCUCUUUUCUAGAAUUUCUAGAAACGUGAUCGCAGGCGGACAAGCCGGCAAAUAAUUUUUAUUUUCUAAGUUUGUGCUGUUGUUAGACCAUUCAAGAUGUAUCGUUUACCGUCGACCAUGCGAUCAGUCGCCCUCAGCAAAGCCAACAGAUUAUCCCAAAUCCAGCGUUGGUACGCCAAAGACGUCCGAUUCGGCCCCGAAGUCCGGGCCCUGAUGCUCCAAGGCGUCGACGUUCUUGCAGACGCUGUGGCGGUCACCAUGGGCCCUAAGGGCCGUAACGUGAUCAUCGAACAGUCGUGGGGCUCCCCAAAGAUCACCAAAGACGGCGUCACCGUCGCCAAAGGCGUGGAACUCAAAGACAAGUUCCAGAACAUCGGCGCCCGCUUAGUACAGGACGUUGCCAACAACACCAACGAGGAGGCAGGGGACGGAACCACUACUGCUACAGUAUUGGCCCGCUCUAUUGCUAAAGAGGGUUUCGAAAAUCUUGGCAAGGGCGCUAAUCCAGUCGAAAUUCGCAAAGGCAUAAUGCUAGCGGUUGAGAAGAUCACGGAAACGUUGAAAACUCUCUCAAAGCCCGUCACCACACCUGAGGAGAUAUGCCAGGUGGCCACGAUUUCGGCUAAUGGGGAUCAGUCGGUUGGUAAUUUAAUUGCCGAUGCCAUGAAGAAGGUGGGCAAAGAAGGCGUGAUUACGGUCAAAGAUGGGAAAACUCUGCACGAUGAGCUUGAAGUUAUUGAAGGGUUCAAGUUUGACCGCGGAUACAUUUCCCCAUACUUUGUCAAUACCUCAAAAGGUGCAAAAGUGGAAUACCAGGAUGCUCUAAUCCUCCUCAGCGAAAAGAAAAUCUCAUCGGUUCAAAGCAUUGUCCCCGCCUUGGAGCUGGCAAACAUGCAAAAGAAACCCUUAAUUAUCGUUGCUGAAGACAUAGACGGCGAAGCUUUGACCACACUAGUCGUCAACAGACUGCGUAUUGGUCUUCAAGUGGCGGCUGUAAAAGCCCCAGGUUUUGGCGACAACCGCAAAGCCACCCUCCAAGAUAUGGCCAUCGCCACUGGAGGUAUCGUUUUUGGAGACGAAGCCAAUAUUGUCAAACUUGAAGACGUCCAACUGUCCGAUCUCGGCCAAGUUGGCGAAAUUGUCAUCACUAAGGAUGAUACACUUAUCUUGAAAGGGAAAGGCAAAAAAGACGAUAUCUCUAAACGCGCUGAGCAAAUUAAAGAUCAGAUUGAAAACACCACUUCUGAAUACGAGAAGGAGAAACUUCAGGAACGUUUGGCGAGAUUGGCUUCAGGAGUGGCUUUGUUGAAAGUGGGAGGCAGUAGCGAGGUUGAAGUUAACGAGAAAAAAGACAGAGUGACUGAUGCUUUGAAUGCGACUAGAGCAGCUGUUGAGGAAGGAAUUGUUCCUGGAGGUGGUACUGCCUUGCUUAGGUGCUCCGGCAGUUUGGAUGGGCUCAAGCCGGGAAACAAUGACCAAGCUAUUGGAAUCGAAAUUGUGAAGAGAGCUUUGAAAGUACCUUGCAUGACCAUCGCCAAGAACGCUGGCGUAGAUGGCGCGACUGUUGUUGCCAAAAUCGAGCAACAACAAGGUGACUACGGUUACGAUGCUCUUAACAACGAAUAUGUCAAUAUGUUUGAAAGAGGAAUCAUUGAUCCUACGAAGGUUGUGCGCACAGCCCUUAUUGACGCGUCUGGUGUAGCGUCACUUUUGACCACCGCCGAGGCAGUAAUCACCGAAAUACCAAAGGAAGAACCGCCAAUUCCAAGCGGUGGAAUGGGUGGUAUGGGAGGUAUGGGUGGAAUGGGCGGAAUGAUGUAAACGCGCGCACCAAACACUUAAUCAUGAAUCCAUCACUACUAGGAAAAGACAAUUGCUAGUUAAGUUUUAGUUCAGUGCAUCUUUCCAAGUAUGUGAAUUCAAUAGCGGCCUUCGCGUCAAAGACUUCCACUAUAUUUUGACCGAAUGUCGAAAACUUAUAUUAAGUUUGUGUGAUUGUUAGAUGUGUUUAUUUUUUUCAACUCCCGGUUUUGAUGGUUAGUGAAGAGUUGAAAAUUCAACGUCUGCGAUGUUCGUGUUAGGUUUUUGUUACUUUUAUAACGCGACUUGAAUGAAUGAAAUAAAUUGUGAUGUCUUGUCAAAUUUCCAAGGCUAGAAGUUAUUUUUUUCAUGCAUGGACAUAAUAUGAAAAAAUUAACUUUGGGCGAUCUUUCGAUCUGAUCGUGUUUUUUUUACCAAUGCAUUUAGAAUGUUUGUUAUUAAACAUGUAGUACUGAAGUCUGUAAAAAUUACAUUAAUUGUUAAAAUAUAUUAUUUUUUACAAA